AUGAAUUCAUCAUGCCAUGUAAAUGCUAAUUCAAAUGUAAUUUUAUCAUUUUUUAUUUCUGGUUGUUUAUUUACAAUAAUUGGUAUUGUACUUAAUUUUUGUUUAUGUUUACUUUUUUGUCGUGCAAAAUCACUUUUUCAUACACCAUAUGCAGUAUUUAUAAUUGCUUUAUCAAUAGCUGAUAUUAUUAAAUUAACAGCUGAAUAUUUUUUACAUAUAUUAUAUUUUUAUAUUCAACAUCCAUAUUUUGUUUGUUCAAUAACAUGGUUUUUAACAAUGACUAGUGAAAAUACAUCUUAUGCAUUUCUUUGUGCUUUAGGUAUUGAACGUAAUUUAAAAGUAUGGACAAUAGAUCGUCGUUGUUUAAUAACUCGACGACAUGCAUAUAUAAUAACUAUCAUGAUUGUUUUAUUUGUUAUUAUUUAUGAUCAUCCAUUUCUUUUUUUUCCAUAUGAUGUAUCAUAUUGUUUUUUUAAAUUAUUUAAUCAAUUAAUAUUAUUUUCAUGUAAUAAUGCAUAUUAUAAUGUAUAUGGUUAUAAAUUUUCAUUAAUGAAUUUAUUAUUUAUUGAAAAUAUUGGUUUAAAUAAUUUAAUAUUACCUAUAUUUAUUAUAUCAAUAAAUAUAAGUUUAAUAAUUGGUUUACGUCGUCGUGCUUAUCAACGUCAACAUCGUUUAGGUCGAUCAAAAACUUAUGAUUGGAGAGAACGAAGUGUUAUACUUUAUAUGUUUCUUUCAAGUUUAACAUUUAUUUUUUUAACAUCACCUAUUGGAAUAUUAGGUGUUUGGGCAACAUUACAUGGUCAACAUAUACCAACAAAUAAUUUAGCACUUAUAUUAGAUUUAUUAGAAAUGAUUCAUCAUUGUUCACAUUUUCCUAUUUUAUUAAUGACAAGUUCAAUAAUUCGUAUAAAAACAUUUCAAAUAUUUUUUCAACCUCGUUUAUCAAGACAAAAUUCAUUUAAUACAUCAAGAGGACCAAUACGAAAACAUUUUCUUUCAAAAACGGCACAGAUUACUAAGCCAACAGCUUUUUUGAGCCGGAAUGGUCCACAAGUACAACCAUUAUUUUUAUUUAAACCUAUUCAAUAUUCAACACCAAAUAAUCUAUAUUUAAAUCGACCAGCUACUAUUAUUCGACCUAUACUUUCAUCAAAUGUUAAUUUACCAUUCAUUCGACCAUCACUUGUUCGCCCAACAAUUAUCCGACCUUCUCCACCAAGAAUAAUAAUACCAAAUGAAAAUUCAUUAAAUGAAAUUGAUUCAAUAACUACUCAAAGAAAAACACCUAUUAGAAUAUCAUCAACACCUGAAUUAUUAUCAUCAUCAUCACCAUCAAUUCAAACAUUAUCAUCAAUUAAUUCUAAUCAUGAAGAAAUUCAAGAAAAAAAAUCAUUUCGUUCUUAUUUUCCAUGUUGUCAACAACAAACAACAAGAUCUUUAAAAAUUAAUAAUUCUUCUAAUUUUAAAUUCAAUACUCGAACAAUUUGUAUAAUUAUUAUUCUUCUUUUUAUCUUUUUUCUUAUUGUCAUUAUUCUUCUUAUUGUCUUGAUUGUUGUUGUUCAUCGUUAG